AUGUAUGAAAUAGGCCUAUCAAACUCCGCUUCCUUUGUUCCGAAACUUGCAGGGAAAGUCCUGGGUUGGUUGGAUGUGCAGAGUGAUGAUGUGGUGUUGGAUAUUGGGUGUGGUGAUGGAAUUAUCCCCGUUCAGAUCGCGCACACGCUUUCCAAAGGAUCAGGAAGUAUCCAUGGAAUUGACAGUUCGGAGGAUAUGAUUGCUGCUGCCAAAAAGGCUGCUGUUGCAGGGGGUGAAGAGAUUCCGGGAAUUUGUACAUUUCAAGUCCUCGACGCAUCUUCCCUUCAAGAUCUCUCGACUCUCCCAUCCCAAAGCUACACGAAAAUCUUCUCCAACGCCGCACUCCAUUGGAUCCUCCGCCCUGAAUCCAUCCGUAUACAGUUCUUCACAGAAGUCAAAAGACUUCUCAAACCCAACGGCAUUUUCGUUUUCGAAAUGGGAGGUAUGGGUAAUGUAGCCGAGAUGCGCACUGCGUUUUUGAGUGUUAUUGGGCGUCGCUGUGAGGGGGGAUUAAAGAGGGCGAGGGAGGCGGAUCCCUGGUUUUUUCCUGAUGAGGCGUGGAUGAGGAGUGCGCUUGCUUCGGCUUGUUCUUCUUCGGGUGUUAAUACAGGUGUUAAUAGAGAAGGAGAAAGAGAAUGGAAGAUCGAGAAAUUGGAAACAGAAUACAGGGCUACGCAGACAGAUAAGGGGGGAAUAGAAGGCUGGGUGAAGUUGAUGGGGAAACAGUUGUUUGAUGUUCUUGGGGAUGGGGAAGAGAGAAAGGAGGCUGAGAAAGAGGUUUGUGAGGUUUUGGAAAGUGUGUGUAGGAGUCCGGGGGGUGGAGAUUGGAUUGGCUAUGUGAGAUUGAGGGGGAUGAUUAGGAGGGUUUAG